GUAAGACAAAAAAGUUUGACGUAAUUAGCUUUAUUGGUAAAUACGGUUAAAGACAACACAAAGUAUUUAUCGGUAACUAACCAGAGAGCUGGGACCGACAGUGUGACCAUGCUCCUGGUAAAGUUAGCCGCAGGCGGAAUGUGAAAGUAGCCGCCCCCAGCUUGAUUAGCGCUAAAAAGUCUGGUGGCUACAGCUCCUAGCUAACCGGACCCCACAGGACCGGCUGACAGAGGUCGACACAUCCCGCUGCUUCACAGGCGUUGACAUGGCUGUUGUGACAUAGUGGUUCCGUUUAAAAACACAUAACAACUCCGUGUUUACAGCUGUCAACCUCAGCCCUGUCGUUGCUUAGCUGCUUCUGAUCAUGAUAGCUAGCUAACGCGGGCGGUGUUAGCGUUAGCAAAACAAGAGCUGUGCUGUGGGAGUCAGCUGACAACCUGCCGUGAGCUGCCAACAGACCAGUGAUGGAUCAACUCAAAGUGAAGGACCGCAUUUUGGAAAACAUCUCCCUCUCUGUGAAGAAGUUGCAGAGUUACUUUGCGGCCUGUGAAGAUGAGACUCCUGCUAUACGGAAUCACGACCGGGUCCUGCAGCGCCUGUGUGAACACCUUGACCAUGCUCUGCUGUAUGGGCUGCAGGACAUCUCCUUAGGCUACUGGGUCCUCGUCCUUCACUUCACCCGGAGAGAGGCUGUCCGCCAGAUAGAUGAGCUUCAGCACAUAGCAACCAACGUUGGUCGAAGUCGUGCAUGGUUAUACCUGGCACUGAGUGAGAGCUCUUUAGAGAGCUAUCUGCGUCUCUUCCAGGAGAACCAAGGUUUACUACAAAAGUAUUAUUUCAAGAACGCACUGGUUUGCAGUCAUGACCACCUCACCCUCUUCCUCACGCUGGUGUCCGGCCUGGAGUUCAUUCGCUUUGAUCUGGAGCUGGAUGUGCCCUAUCUGGAUGUGGCCCCUUACAUGCCAGAAUACUACAAACCCCACAACCUGCUAGACUUUGAGGAACGGCUGCCCAGUUCAGACAGCUUGUCCCUGCACUCCUUUACAUCGCUCACCUCCACCAACCUGGAGUGGGAUGACAGUGCCAUAGCCCCAUCCAGUGAAGAUUAUGAUUUUGGUGACAUCUUCCCCGUGUUGCCGUCAUUGCAAAGUGCAGACUGGGAAGAGGGUGACCUGACCGACCAGGCCAGCUGCCCCCGAUCCAGUGGAUCUGAUCCCCAAACAGUCAUUAGCGACACAGUGGUGCAUUCUGUCAGCUCUGUGAAGGUGAAGGUAGCAGCUCAUCCUCCUCCACACAGCCCCACAUCCAGACACAAUCCCUUCAAUGAGGACUCAGACACCAACACUACCAACACCUCAGCCGACGUCACGCCAGUUCACAUAGUGAGCCGCCAUAACAGCAUCACGGCUGGAGAUGAGACAGAGUACACCAGCAAUGAGCUGGAGGUCAUCAGGAUGGCCAGACGAAGGAAACCAGCCAAGAAACGUCGAGGGAAGGGCUCCACAGAUUCCAGCAGCAGCAUCCAUAACUCCGUCUCUUCUGACCUCAUGGAAAUCGAGGCCUCGGAGGAUGUGGAUUCAUUAAAUUGCACUUUGAUUCAUCUGGAUGGUGAAGGAGAGUUGAGGAGAAGCAGGGUGGGAUCAGAGGCAGUUGAUGAGGGUGAUGAGGACGGGGUAGAAGGCCUCCUGCGCCUGCCAGAGAUGACUGACACCUCCAUGGACACCGUGGGCCAGCCCCUCCGAGACGUCAUGGAGCGGCUCAAUGGGGCUCUGGAUAGGAAGGCAGCCUGGGAGCACCCGGAGGAAGAGGAGGAGAAAAAUUAUAAUGGCUGUGACCGGGGCCCCGAGCCCCCUGCACAGCAGCCCUUUCGAGAGGACUCAGGGGGCGAGCCACCUGACCCGGUACCAGGAGAGACUCUGGCCACAGGCUUCAACUUCCUGCAGGCCUCUCCUUCACCGACAGACAUAUGCUGCUUUACCGCCAACAGUCCAGACUCUGCUCCCACAGGUGGUGGCCACCAUGACUCUACAGAGCAUAGCCAAUCACAGACUCUUUCAGGUUGCCAUGAAGAUGAAGGAGAGGCAAAAGCGCCAACAGGACAGGAGCUUGACAUAAAGGAGGAAAAUGUACAAGAAGAAGAAAUGGCCAAUAAUUCAUUUAAUGUGCAAACACAACAACGGCUACAAGAGGAGGAGCUUAGUCCCUUAGAGAGUUCUCACCCUGCAGAAUUUAGGGUGGACAAUAAUCACUUGCUUCUUUUGAUGAUCCAUGUAUUCCGAGAGAAUGAGGAGCAGCUCUUCAAGGUGAAGAUGUUGAGGAUGAGUACAGGCCACAUGGAGGGGGACCUGCAGCCCCUUUACCUGCUCAUCACUGACUGUUACAUCUACCUGCUACGGAAGGGUGCUGCAGAGAAACCCUACACAGUAGAAGAAGCUGUUUCUUACAAUGAUGUGGACUAUCUUUCAGUGGGCCUUGACCAACAGACGGUGACAGUGGUUUGCACCAACAGACGAAGAAAAUUCCUUUUGGACACAGCUGAUUCCUCACUGACAAUCUGGUUCCUAUCAGUUCUCAAGUCAGCCAUGGUGAAGGGCUGUCGUGAGCCACCUUACCCCUCCGUUCUGACUGAUGCUACCAUGGAAAAACUGGCUCUCACUAAGUUUGUCUCCCAGGAAUCUCACUGUGAGGUAACAGAGGUGUCUAUCCAACUCUAUUCACUGGUCCACUGGGAGGAUCCUAUGGACAUGACUAUGUCUCCCCAAGGUGGCCCACCGAGCUCUAGAGGCCCUUCCAGUACUAAGGAGGGGACUGUCCAGUACCGGUCUGGAAACACGUACCUGGGCAAAGAGCUGUGGAAAAGCUGCUACCUUGUGCUCAGCAAAGGGAUUCUUUACCUGUAUGCAGAAAAAACAGAUGGGAUACCUCAGCUGUCCGUCACUAUGGGAGGAGAGCAUUGUGGUGGCUGCCGGCGCUCAAACAGCACAGAGCGUCCCCAUGCAUUCCAGGUCAUCCUGACAGAGCGCCCGCCGCUGGAGCUCAGCGCCAACAAUGAGCAGGACAUGGCCGACUGGAUGCAGCUGCUCUGCCAGUCCGUCUCCAAAGGGGUCAUCCCUCAGGGUGUGGCUCCCACCCCGUGUAUCCCAUGCUGCCUGGUGGUGACAGACACGAAGCUGCUAACUUGCCAUCAGGACUGUCAGACCAGCUUCUUCCGUUCUCUGGGCAGCGCCGAUGUUUGUGAUGUCACCACUGUUAACCUGGAGGCCGACAAGGAGUACUGUGUCAUUGAGUUUGCAACAGAUCGAACCCAGUUCCUCCCUCCAUGGGUCUUGUACUUCAGUGGCUGUGAAGAGAGAGAUCGGCUGCUGGAGGCGUUGGACAAGACGUGGAAAGACAUUUACCAGGUUGACCUUCCCCGCAGAGAAGUGUCUGAUCCGUCGGUGCAGAAGCGAUGCAGCGAGGCCCUUGCCCUGAUGAAGAGUGCCUGGCAGAGAGCAGACAGUCUGGCCCGAGGCAGAGCCCAACGUGAACCCUGGUGCUGACGGACACACGUGCACACAUAUAGCUUACCUUUGGGUAACCACUGAAACACACUAGUAGACUGAUGUAGAAAGACAUAACAAACCAGUCAGGGGACGAUGAAGUGUUUCUAUCAGAGAAACCUCCUGCAUAAGUACCAAUGCAUAUGGCACUGCACAUUGCAAAGAUGUGCAGUUGUGAGACUUCCUCCCUUGAAAUGAAAUGAAUGAACCUCUAGUAGAGUGACAGUGUUUUUCAUUUCAUCCUGUUGAUACAUUACUGUUAUUCAUUUAUCAGAGGUUCUUCAGACAUAGCAGCAAUGUAGGAAGAAAUAUGAGGAAUGAAGGAAAAGUUUGGUAUCACAUGAUGUUAUUUACAUCAGAGAAACUCACUGAAGGAAAUGGUGAUGUACUAAUGUACAAUGCACAUAGAGUAGCUGUGUCAUGUUAAGAAUUUGAAACUGAUUUUCAAUACAUCUUGCACUCAGAUGUAGCCUGCUGAAUUAAGUCAUUUUGACAAUUGAGAGUUUUGUCUCAAUACUCAAUACUAAAUUUCCUUAUUCAACCCUUGACUUUCAGUCAGUAAAAAACUACACAUAUAAACACAUACAUUGAAUUUGGAGGAAGAUAUAAGAUCUGUUACCAGUUUCUAAAGAAAAUCAUUAAUGAUUUCUUAUUAUAUACUUAAUAUAUGUAUCAAGAAAGCCAUAUAUGAACGGUAUGUCGUUGCUCUUUUGCGAUGUGGAAAAAUGCACACUCCUUGCCUUGCAAACACACACACAUAAUCCAUAUAUACCGUCUCGUCUUGCACAACCCACAACUGUGGGAUGAUGACUCCUGGUUAACAGAGUUACUGUACAAGAUGUUACACUGCACCGUCAUUAUAGAGCAACUGUACAGUAUCAAUGCAUAAUCACUGAUGGUCGUGUAUGUGUCUGAUUCAGUUUGUGUGAGGACACAAUCCUCUUCAUGUACAUUAUCCUGAUAGAAUGAAGAUCUCAAUAUGAAGUAUGCCUGGAUAUUUGCACUGCUACAUGACAUGUUCAUUUAUCUGAGAUCUUGCUUUACCACUUGAAAUGUUGUCAGUCAGAUAAACUAUCAGGAAAUGCAACAGACUUGCCUUUACCUCCCCUCUCGAGACGAGCGGAGGCUUCCAUGCAGACUUGCACAACGUUUUUUUGCUGUUAGUCUCUUUUUUUAAAUUGGUACCAAUUUUAGUUUUUAUGUUAUCAUCAAAACGUCCUGUUUUUUCUUUCCAUUUUAGAAGAAAGCGGGAACAAUUGUUACAAAACGAUUUGCUGAGUGGUCUUAGUGUAGAUUUCUGUGUCUGAAUCAGAAGAUGUGUACUUCUCUAGCCUGGUUAAAUAAGAAUCACUAACCAAUAAGAGCUAGAAGAGUUUUUUUUUUUUUUUUUUUUAUAUAUACACACCAGUGGUUUGUGACAGCAAACAUUGAUUUAAUCUGGCAAUCUACCAGCUAUAAAACACUAGAUAAUAGUAACUUCACUGGUCAUUCUUUUGCGACGUAAGACCACGUCUGAGGUUUUAAAAUAAUCCUCAAAUAGCCUUUAAACUUAGAGCAAAUGCUUCACCAAUAACAUUAUCUUAUAUUCCUUGUAAAUGACAUAGGGAGUGGAUGGUAAUGUUUAUUCAUGUUACAAUCUGUCCUCAACACUGAGGCCUGCUGCUGUGUCAGUGCCAGUGUGUAACUGCUCUUAUUACAAGGCAGAGAAAAAUGUGGUUUCUUCCGCCAUGAAAAUUGUCUUUUUUGACUGAACUGGACAAUUUGGCCAAUUAGUUUAAAUUGAAAUAAGCACUGUUAUUACAUUUGCCUUACACUGUACAUUUGGCUGCAUUAGAAAACGUAAACAAUCAUCAUAAUUUAUGCUGUGAUUAUUGGAAUAGUCGGAAACUCUGACGACAGACAUAAUGUCCUGCCACAAAUUGCAUGGUCAGCAAAAUAAAAUACAAAAACAGAGGCAUUGAGCAGUCACCAGUAUCCGCCCCACACAUACAGUGUGUCUCCUACUUGCAUGUUCCCACAUGCAUACGUCUUUCUCUAUCGCACUGUUUCUUCAAAGUCAGCAUCACUCAGUGCUUUAAGCCAUCGAAGUGCCACUUGUUCUUGCUCAUCUUCUGCUCUUUUACAAAGAAAUCUAAUCUCAGGUGAAAAAGGUACUUCACAUCCAAAACCUAAAGAGUCACCGUGCAUUUUAUAAGAUUGCUGCUGUUUUGUCUAAUUACACGUUGUUUAAAAUCCAUUUUUCUACUUCUGUUCCUCCCAUGUUCCAUGCAGCAUUAUGAAUUUAUUUUUGCGUGCACAGGGGAGACCGCAAAGUGAUACCAUUAGGUGGAGAAGGUUUUAUUUUAAAAUCCUUGAAUAAUUCAGUGGGUUCCAAAACAGGAUUUGGUCAGCUGUUUGAUUGAAACCUUCUCCCUCCAGUGGAUUACUGAAGGACUUAUUGACCAGGAAGAGAACAGUUUAUUAUCAAUGAUAAGCAAAUCAAGUGCUUAGAGUUGUGACCUAUGAAGUGUAUGUAAAGAAGAACUAGUCUUUUUGAGCUGUGUUUUGAAUGUAGGUCAUUGCUGGCCAAUGGUGGAUGACAUCUUUUGAAUGAUACAUUGUGAAAAAGACGCUUUUUUGAUUUUUGUUCAUAAAUGUAUAAUGCAUGUCAUAUUUAUGUUAUGUUUGGUAGUUUUAUUAAAUUGUAAAUAUAGCACUAAUCAAUAUAACACUGUAAAGUCCCGCUGAAAGACAUGCAUGUCCAGACAUGCAGUUUUAUACUGUUCAUAAUGGUAAUGGAUGUGCAAAUAAACCUUUGUGAUCGGACAGCGUAACUGAAUAAACUGAAACGAAACCAUGGCUCCUGUGGUGAAACGUGA